GUCUUGAGUUGAUCAAAUUUAUUAGUUCUUAAAUCUUAGAAGCUGUUUCCUCAUUUCCUAGUGUUGAAAUUGGAUUGCUUAUAGUUGAGGUGCCUGUCCUUUUCUUCUUGUUUUAUCUAUUUUGAGUCAAGCCUUCUCUUUUAGUUAUCAUGAACUACAAUGCCUUUGAAGUUCCUAUUAAAUGUCUCUCAAGAUCUUUCAAUUGGAUAGUUAACAUGACCAAUAUUCUCACCUCGAACAGAUCCUUGUCAACUUUUUUACCUUUUGAUGUUUUUGUGUUUCUUUUCCUAUACGCUGAAGGGGAUAAAUCUGUUAUGACAUACUUUUCGAGUAUUUGGAAGACCCAAGUUUAUUGUUGGCUGUCUAUUACCUUAAACUUGUAGGAAAACACCAUUCCUAGUUACUUGAGAUUGGCUACAUGAACAUUUGUAUAGUCAAACUCUUUCAGAUUGUUAUAUGCAUCUUAUUCUGGUGCCCUUUCUAACUCUGUAAAUUGGUUGUUUUAGAUGGGCAAUGUUUGGUUUUGCUGUUGGGUUGCUAACAGAGUAUGCAACAGGCUCUGACUUGGUCGACCAAGUAAAGAUCAUGCUCUCAAAUUUCGGAAUAGUAGAUUUGGAAUGAUUCUUCUGCUUGUACCUCAACACCCUCCAUACUUUUUUGGUUUCUGUAAUUCCUGUACUUAUAUCUAAUGUUUCAUCAGUAACUUCUUAGUAAUUUGUGUAUUAUUCACAAUCAAGUCAUCACAACGAGCAUAUGCUCACCGUUUACUCAAGUGAUCAGAAAUACAAUUGUUUGAUUUUG